UAAAAUAUGUGCUAAUCAUUACAGUAUGUAAUAUAUUAUUAUAUAUAUAUAUUAAAAAAAAAAAAAGUUGAUCCAAAUAUAAAAUUAACAUCAAAUGUUGGGAGUGACAGAAGUUGGAUCUGGAGCGUUGUUGCUGAUAUGAGUGACGGUGAACCAAAUGCUGAAACACUUGCAAUACGAUUUGCAAAUUCUGAAAACGCAAAUCUCUUUAAAGAGAAAUUCACUGAUUCUCAAGAAGAAAAUAAAAAGUUCUUUACAAAAUAUUAAUUUUUUGAUUUUUAUUUAUCUUUUAAAAACUUAUUCUUCAUAUUAACAUUACUUAUAUCUACUUCUAAUUUUAAACAAAUAAUAUCAUUUUUUUGUAAUAGAUAAUCAUAGUUUUUAAAUAAAAUACUUGAUUAUAUAUAUAUAAAUAUAAUCAUUUUUUAAAGAAUAUUAGGGCUGAUUAACGUCUAUAAAUUUAUCAACUUUCCUUACAAAUAUAAACCUUAUUUAACAAUAAGAAAAUAUAACUAUUAUUUAUAAAAGAUAGUUCAUGGUUGAGGUUAAGAGAACAGUUAAAUUGAUUACAAUACAGAAUAUUUUAAAGGAUGUUCCACCAGCAGGAGAGGGAUUUCCUAUGAGAAAAUGGUCAGUGAGUCUUGUAGCGCUUUCUGAGGAUGGCCAGGAGCUUCCUGCGGCGUUUAUUGAUAAAGUUACGUAUAAACUUCAUCCCACAUUUCAAAGUCCAAAUAGAAGUUUUAAGAAGCCACCAUUUAGAAUUGAAGAGAAGGGAUGGGGAGAAUUUGAAAUGGAUGUGAUUAUUUUUUAUGCAGACAAAGGUGGAGAAACAACAUUAAAACAUGACCUUAAUUUUCAACAAAACAAAUAUGAAAAUGAACAUAUAUUGACGAUUACUAAUCCUCGUCCAGCUCUGCAGCGUUUAUUAGCAGAGUCAGGACCAGUACCAGGUUAUGUUGAAUUAGAAGAUAAGAAAAAAGAUAAGCGAAAAUUUGAUGGAACUGAUAAAAACAAGAAGAAAGGGAAAUUUUCUAAGCCAGUGGAUAUGGAUCGAUUAGCAGAUGGGUUACAAAAACUUGAAGAAGAUGAUCUUUUACAAGUGGUAAAGAUGGUGAAUGAUAAUAAAACACCAGAGAUGUAUGUCAAGAAUGAUGUUGAGGAAGGCGAAUUUCAUUUAGAUUUAUAUACAUUAAGUGAUAACUUAUUGACAAUGUUGUGGAACUUUACUGCGAAAAGAGUAUCCUUAUAAGGAAAAAAGAAUUAAAUAACUGAAAUUUUUAUCAAAUAUAAAUUAUAAAAAAACAUAUAUUUAAUUUUUUGUAUUUUAUAAUUUAUAUAAGGGAUGAAGCUGAAUAGGUUUAAAUAAUUUUCUAUUGAACAUUAUAUCUAUUAAUUAUUCAAAAAUUUUCUUUUUGGAAUGAAUUUUAAACACUUUUUAUUAUUUAAUAUUUUUCAUAAUAUCUCUUGAAAAUAAGCCAUUAGGCAAAAAAAGAUGAAUUUCUAUAAAUAUCAUCUGCUACAACAUUUUUACCUGGACAAAUUUCAUCUAUAACUCUUAUCAUAUUUAUAACAAGUUCACCAUCUUGAUAUCCUAAAAUCGCUGGUACACCUACUGA